AAGAUGCUCAUUUAUUAUUGCCUUCCUGCUCGAGAUCUGGAGGUCACAACAAAUCAUAAGGAUGAUGUGGAGAUCAGCUUGGGCAGCAACCAACCCCCCCAAGCCAUCUCUUGGAAGAAGCCUGAAGGCAUUCUGAAGGUGUACACUUCCCUGUGGGACUUCCUUGCUAAAGAAAUGGACAUAAUCGAAAAGAUCUGGAAGGAUAAGAGAAUUAAACAUGCUCUUAAAAACCUCAUCCCUUUGCUCGUCGAGAAAGACAAUUCAUGGCAGAAUUCUAAAGAAGCAAAAGGCAAGACGAUUUCUCUGGGGUCAGUGGAAAAUCUUUGUAAGGGUGAUAAUGAUGGAGGUGAUCAAAAAGGAAAGGAUUCCGCAGAACCAACCAAUUCUAAGAAGCAGAGCAUUUAUAAGUAUAACCCAUUGCUUAUAGCAACUAUCACUGGAAUUGUGCCUAUUGUUGCAGAGAUACUUAGGCAGCAUCCUCAAGCAGCUGAGCACGUUAGCUAUAGUGAACAGAACAUUUUGCAUCUGGCCAUUAAGCACCGUCAAAGAGAGAUCCUUGAGCUUCUAAAAAGGAAGCCAAUAACCAUCUCAAGGUUGAAUGAGAUGAUUGACAGUGAUGGCAACACCAUAUUGCACCAAGCUGCAGAUAGGAGCUACUACUCUGUAGCAAUUUCUGAGAAAUUAAUUGGCCCAGCCAUGCAAUUGCAAGCAGAAUUGCGUUGGAUGAUGGGUGUGAAGAACAUAUUACCACCUCAUUACAUCAUGCACCACAACAACAAGGAUCAGACAGCGGAGGAGCUGUUCAAUGAUGAGCAUAAUGAGCUUCUGAAGUCCGCACAAGAAUGGAUAAAAGACACAGCACAGUCGUGCUCAACUGUGGCGGUGCUGGUGGCCACCGUUGUCUUUGCAGCCGCCUACGCCAUGCCUGGGGGUAACGAACCAAAUGGCCUUCCUGUUUUCCACGAUUCUCCACUCUUCUGGCUCUUCACCUGCAUGGACGUCGUGGCCAUCGCCUGCUCAUUGUCUUCCGUAGCCUUUUUCCUCUCCAUCCUCUCCUCGCCCCUUGAGUACCCGUUUUUCUGUCACGGUCUUCCCCGCAAGCUCAUGAUCGGGUUCACCUUGCUCUUCUUGUCCAUGGCAACCACCAUGCUCGCCUUUGCUGCUACCAUUUUGCUUGUGAUUCGUAUCGAGAAGAAAUGGACCAAAUCUCUGCUUUACUGUAUUGCGUUUUUUCCGGUCCCUCUAUUUGGCUUGCUGCAAUUUCCUAUGUAUCAGAAAGUUACCAAGAUUUUCCGCCCUUUCUUCAUUCCCUUUCUCGGCUUUUCGAAGAGGAGAUCAAUAUGUGGCAAGAGCAGGGCGAACUGAAUCACAAAGCUAGCAUGAAGCAGUACAUGAUUUGUACAAUUUUAAUGUGUCUUCAAUCUUCAU